AUGUCCAAGCCCAGCGACCACAUCAAGCGCCCCAUGAACGCCUUCAUGGUGUGGUCCCGCGGCCAACGGCGCAAGAUGGCCCAGGAGAACCCCAAAAUGCACAACUCGGAGAUUAGCAAGCGGCUGGGCGCGGAAUGGAAGUUGCUCUCCGAGGCGGAGAAGCGCCCGUACAUCGACGAGGCCAAGCGGCUGCGGGCGCAGCACAUGAAGGAGCAUCCCGACUACAAGUACCGACCCCGGCGCAAGCCCAAGAACCUGCUGAAAAAGGACAGGUAUGUCUUCCCUUUGCCUUACCUCGGGGAAACAGAUCCCUUAAAGGCCGCCGGGCUUCCCGUGGGGGCCACUGACUCGCUGCUGAGCUCCCCGGAGAAGGCCAGGGCUUUCCUGCCUCCCACCUCAGCACCUUACUCCUUACUUGACCCCAGCCAGUUCAGCUCCAGCGCCAUUCAGAAGAUGACUGAGGUUCCUCACACCUUAGCCACCAGCACCCUGCCCUACGCCUCCACCUUGGGAUACCAGAACGGGGCGUUCGGCAGCUUGAGCUGCCCCAGCCAACACACCCACACUCACCCCUCGCCAACUAACCCGGGCUAUGUCGUGCCAUGUAACUGUACCGCUUGGUCGGCUUCCAGUUUGCAACCUCCAGUUGCCUACAUAUUAUUCCCAGGCAUGACCAAGACUGGGAUAGACCCCUAUUCUUCAGCACACGCGACUGCCAUGUAA